AUGGAGGGUGCGAUGCAGGCCAUGAAGGGAAAAGGCAUUGCAGCCAUAGAUGGUUUGGUGCAGAAGACCAAUUUGCCGUUCAGCCCGUCGGUUAUGAAAUGCCCUUUGCCAAGAAAAUUUAGAAUGCCCACAAUUGAGAGUUUCGACGGAACUAAAGAUCCCUUCGACCACUUAGAGACUUUUCAAGCGCUUAUGCACUUGCACGCGAUGCCGGAUGAGAUCAUGUGCAGGGUUUUCCCAACGACUCUCAAAGGAUCAGCACGGAGGCAUAGAAGGCCAGCUACCCACCUCCUUACUGUGAAGCAACAGAAGGGAGAGUCACUGCGAGAUUACAUUAGUCGUUUUAACACGGAGAUGUUACAGGUGGAGGAAGCGGAUGACAAGGUGGCCCUAACCGCCUUCAUGGGUGGACUCCAAACCUCAAGAUUCCUCUUCUCUUUAUCAGAGGAACCUCCUACCAGCAUGGCCGAGUUAUUGGUUCGAGCUAAAAGACAUAUGAAUGCUGAAGAUGCAAUGAUUACGAGAAAGGGAAAAGAAGGGGAAGAUAAAAAGUCAGACAAGAAAAAGCCGACCCUGACAAUCAGAGAUGAAAAGGAAACCAAGUAUAAGAAACCCAUGGUCAACCAGAAUGAAAGGGCGUCUCGCUACAAGAACGCGGAGAGGUAUACAAAUUACACUCCUUUAAAUACGCCGAUAGAUCAAGUUUUCCUACAGAUCCAGAAUGAGCCACAUCUGAAGUGGCCACCGAAGUUGAAGUCAGAUCCGGCAAGAAGACCUCAUGAUAAGUAUUGCAGGUUCCAUAAAGACCAUGGGCACGCUACAGAGGACUGCUUCGACCUUAAGGAUCAGAUUGAGACUCUAAUCCAAAGGGGGCACAUGCGAAAGAUUAUUGUGGGGAAUGACAGAACCGACAUUAACCCACUAAGAGUAGGCCGAGACAACCACCCUCCUGAUCAACAACCAAUAGGAGAGAUCAGGGUCAUAGCCGGGGGGUGUGCAGGAAGUGGAGAAUCGAGCUCAGCCCGUAAGGCCUAUGCCAGGAGAAUGCGAAGCUCAUCUGAGGUGUGCGAAGUAGGAGUACAGAUUCAACAUCGUAAGAUGCCUCGUUUAGGUGAUCCAGUUAUUACAUUCUCAGAUGAAGACAUGAAGGAUGUACAGCAACCUCAUGACGACCCUCUUGUCGUCACCAUGAUGAUCGCUAACUAUAAUACUCAGCGAAUCUUGGUAGAUAAUGGAAGUUCAGCUGAUAUCAUUUUUCUUGAUGCAUUCAGCAAGAUGAAGAUUGGUAAGGAGAAACUCAGACCUACUAGAUCACUAUUGGUGGGAUUCACGGGAGACAAGGUCUAUCCUCUAGGAGCGGUCAUCCUUCUUGUCACUGCAGGAACCAGCCCAAACUAA